CCGCCAUCUUUGAUCAUUUUCAAUCAGUGUCAGCAUUAUAUCGGUGACUAAAACAUGUUCGGUUCAACAAGCUCGUCAUUCGGUGGUACUUCCAGCUUUGGGACGUUUGGUUCUACUUCUACCACAACAAAUUCCCUUGGUCUCGGAAAUACCGACAACCCAAUGAAAGAUGUUGAGGUGCAGUCCCCUCCAGACGACACUGUUAGCGCGCUCAAGUUUAGCCCAAAAGCAGACUUUCUCAUCGGUUCAUCUUGGGCAAAUGAUGUAAGUUAAAGGAUGACUUUAUGCAUAACGGAUUCUACCUGAUUUUGGUUUGCAACUAAAGAACAAUCCGUCUGAGUUGAGAGCAACCCUAAUAUCAAACCAAGGAUAGUGAUUUGAGGGAUGUUCCAUUUACAUUGUAUUUCCUUAGGAGGGGGCCGGUCUGGUCCCUGAAAUCUAACGACAUGUGUUUAUGGUCUCCCCCCAAGCAACCUUUGGUAGAGAUAUGGAAAAAUUGCAAAAUAAUCAUUUAAUUUGUAGCUUAGUCAAGACAAGCCCAUCUUCUAACCAACUGGGAGAUCUCACAAGAGAGCCAUGCUCCUCAGCCUCUUUCAAAGUGGCCAUGGUGGUAUCCAACUCCACAUGUUUGAAGGGGAAAUGUGGAGAUGGUGUAAGGCUGGGUUCUAACAGUGGCAUCACCCAGUAAGAGGCCGUCGACAUAUUCACUUUUUCCCCACUUAACGUCAACUGGAUGUUUAGGUCAGACCCCCCUCCUCCCCCCUCCUAAACGUUCACUUGAAAUGUUGCUUCCCCAAAAGUCACUGCAUUCCAGAAGGAAUACUGACAUGCACUUGUGUGAGGAUAUCAACAGUAUCAACACAAUUUACUGCUUUUAAAACGUGGUAGAAACUUCAUUACAUUUUUAAAGGAAUAAAGCAGUGAACAACACUUUUGUGAACUUCUUGAGUUGUAACAACUGUUUUUAUUUGGGACUAACGCAUACUUCAUCACAGAGUUUUACAGUACAACUAAGAAUAUCUGUGUAGUGAUAUACCUAAGUGAGGAAGAAUUCAACGAAAUUAGCUGGGUUUGCCACUAGUGCCAUUAACAACACUGUUAAGAUAGACUGUUGCUCGUUACAUGUAUAAAUGUUAUCGACUUUAUACAUUAUUCAGUCUAAGUCAACAUAUUGUCAUUAUUUUGUUGUUAGGUUGAAGUGAAAAUGAUCGCCUCGGAUUUUGUCCAACGAGGCUGUGAAUGGAUUCUCAAAAAAGAACUUCGACGUUUAAACUAUGUACUGAAAAAAGAUUCCAGUUGUGUUGUGACAAAUAUUUACAAUAUCAGCAAACUAACCAUAAUUCUUGGUAUUGUAAAAAUUCAUUGGUGAUUAAGGAUAGAGUUUAAAAAAUCUCAAUGUAAAAUAUACAAUUGCGGGUAGUUAAGAGCAGAGUUUUAUAAAAAGAUCACAAUUUACACUCACUUCUUUAGUUGGUCCUGCUUUCUCUUAACUAAUGUCACUGGCGCUGCUCCACACAUUUUUACAUCAGUUUGCUUUUGUCCAAAAAUGUGCCGCACUAAUGUCCGCUGCCUUAUCACCUCCCCCCUAAAUGUCCUGUUGACGUUAAGCAGGGGAAAAGUGAAUAUGUUGAUGGCCCCUAACCGGUCAAGUGGCCCCAAAAAUUAAUCGAACCUGAAGUUAUGUCAACUGAAACUAGAGUUAUGUCACCCAAAAUCCUGAGUUAUGUCGCCUGAAAUUUUAUCAGUUGCAAAUACACAAAGAAAUAAAUUUGCAAUGAUGAGAGGAAACCAGGGUAAUAAACGUGUCUUAGUGUAAUAAUUGACUUUAAGAUUAGACUAGAUUAUCCUCUUACGAUUUUAUUAUUUCAAUUAAGUUACAUUUUAAUUUUUAUGGUAAUUUUCAGGAUCUUAACAUUUUAUAUUAAAUAUAAAAUGUUAAGAAACUUUAAAAUUAUGUACAAUCAAAUUUUGAUUGUACAUAAUUUUAAAGUUAAACUUUUUGUCAUUUAUGUGAAGUGCUUGUGGACUUCUAAGGAUUAAGGGCUAUAUAAUUAAAUUACUAUUAUUAUUAUGUAAGUCACGGGUUAAAUAUAAAACAAGUAUGAUAGGUGUGUAAUAUUUUUUGUUCUUUAUAGACUUGAUAAGACAAAACAAGCACCAAAAACAUGUUGAAUACAGUAUCUUGUUCUGCUUGCCAUAAUAAAACAGAACAAGCAUUACAAAGGUGUAACAGGAUGUAAAAAUGUCUUUUAGCUUGAGAAAAUUUUGGGCAACAUAACUCAAAAGCAUUUCGGGUGACAUAACUGUAGUUUUGGGCGACAUAAAGUUGAGCGAGAUGAUUAUCAGUCAACUUGACUGGAAACCCAACAUUUCCCUACUUGUUAAAGCAACAAAUCUCUCAUCAACUAAUUGCUAAUUAUGUAUUCGCCAUGUGCUGGCAUUUUGCUUAUUUGGUAUAGUUACAGAUGCAAAAAUCCUUUCAAUAGUACUUAACGAAUGUCUUGUCUCUAUGCAGACCUUACAUGACAAUUGCCUAACGAGCAUCACUUGCCACAUGUUUAUCAGUUAUUGUUGGUGUCAAGUGCCACCCUCUUUACGUAACGUUAGUUUUGUUUGGUUUGUAUAGGUAAGGUGUUGGGAAGUCAAAGAAAAUGGGCAGACAGUUCCAAAGGCUCAACAAUUUCAUACAGGACCAAUUUUAGACUGCUGCUGGCAUGAUGUAAGUGAUCAGAGGUUUCAAAAAUAACUUCUAAAGGUGAAAUAAUCUGCCAUCAUAGUGAUUCAAACAACUCAAAUAAAGUAAUUUCCUGCUAUGGAAACAGAAAAGUGAUAAAAGGGUAUGACCAAUAGGCUAGAUCACAUGACUAAUAAAGGGAUUGAGAUGACAGUGAAAUGUGUUGCUCCAAAAAACUCGUAUCUGUGAUUGUGUAAUUUUUAUCAUUACAAGAAAAAGUAUUUUUUGCCUAGUAAGCUGAUAAUAUUUCAUUGCACUUAUCAUCCAUACAAGUCAUGUACCGGUAUUCUCCAUACUUCACCUACAUCAAUAAGAAACUUCUAAUUACAGGAUGGUACAAAAGUAUUUACAGCAUCUACUGACAAACAGUGUAAGAUGUGGGACCUCAAUUCCAACCAGGCUGUGCAAGUAGCUCAGGUAAGAAUGUAAUAACCCUUUAAUUCUGCCAAUAGUGACCAACACCAAUUUUCUCCUUACAAUAUUAAUUUAAAGUCAAGAAAAAAGGUCAUGAGAAUUUUAAAAUGAUCACCAAUGAGAAAAUGGUUUGAUCUUUAUAAAAUUCUCUCAAUUAAGUCUUUAAGAAAUGUGUGGAGGUCAGUUUGGAGAAUUGGUAUGUUGAUAUUGGGGCUUAAAGGGAUAAGGGGGCUGGAGGGCUGUGGGGUUGGUGUGGCAACAGAGACUCUGUAACAAGUCCUUGGAUGCAAAAUAGUUAUUUUUAGACUAAAAGUGAAAGAAGAAACAAAGACAGCAUAACUCUUGUAUCAUUUUCAGUCAUUUUUGAAAUUGAUAGUAUUAAUUAAGAUUGAGUAUUUACUCCUACACUUCUACACUCUAGGCAAUAAUAAACUUUAACUUAAAUUAUUGAUCCAUACAUUAACAUUAUUUUACAGAUUUUUGUGUCAAAACUACACGUAGAAAUUUGCAUUGUACUCCAUUAAUUACCUACAUUAUUAUGCUAACAAUAAUAUUUUUAUUAAACAUACCUGCAAAUCAGUAUUAUUGUUCUUAGCAUUGCCAGUUAACCCUUGCUUGUUUAUUUAAAUGAUAAUUAUAUAGAUUUAGCCGGGCUAAAAGCGAAGCUCUCAUUAAUAUAUUCUUAUAGUUAAAUACUCAAACAAAAAAUAAAAUUGUGUAAUACUAAACAGGGACAGAAACAAGAACAGCAAAAAAAAUUAAUAGGUCCGAUUAGCAAAAAGACAACUUUGCACAUGCAGCACACUUUUUUGUACAUUUCUUUGCUGUUGUUUUGCACGACUACAACAUAGAACUUCCUGGUUACACAUUUUAUAGAGGAAAUGUUGUAUGUUUGUAUGUGUUUUUUUUUCACUGCCGCUCAUUUUCACCUUAGUAGCCGCUGGCAUUUCUCAUUUUCUCACCCCCACUACAAAAUUUUCAUGUUUUUCUUCCAACAAAAUUUGUCUCCUUUGCUUUUCAUCUCUUGCUCUUGCUCUUUCUCUGUUAUCCACGUCAGUGUGGACAUAAAGAUUGAGUUAAAAAAAGACUUGGCUUUGUUGUUGCUUUUACUCUCUAAAAGUCAAGGUGGACACGUGAUUUUUUCAAGGCCACUAAACUAGGUUCAUGGGACAAACAUCCCGCAUACUGCUAGGACUGACUGUCAAUAUGUGCCUAUGUGCAAUUUGCCACUAUAGAAACGAGAGGGGAACCGGAGCCGAAACGGACCCCACAGUUCUUUCUGGGAUUGUUAAUGGGGAUGCUCCCAUCAGCUAUUGGCCAAUAUUUUUUCCCUGUCCCUAGUAACAGUUCCAGAACAGCUUGGCGAAGUUAACUCAGCCCAGUUUUUUUUUCUUGUUUCUGAAGUGGAUUAAAAAGAAGCAACUUUUUGAAACAUUUAGCUAUAAAAAAUUGCAAAAAAAACUCCUCUUAAAUACAUUUUAAGAAAUUUUUUAAAACAUUAAAAAAAUAUGAUGAUUUUUUUGACACUCUCAGACUUCAUUACGAAGUCAAAAAAUUGUGUAUGAAUGUUCUAUGAAUACAAGAAAAAACAAAAUAUGUUAUGAACAUUACAAGUUAAACAAAUAGUUUCGCGCUAAGGGAGUCACUCUGAGUAUUAAGACUGGGCCUAAGUUCUUUAAUGAAUAACAUUUUGUAAAUGAGGCAGUAAAAUUUUCCGUGGCACUUCUUAAGAAUGUGACGUUGAUCCUCAAUCAGAAGAUGAGCUUAACGCUGUUGUAUUUUCUAAUGUUUUUAAAAAUUUCUUUAAAUGUUCUUAAGAAAGGUUUUUUUGCAAUUUUUAUUGCUAAAUUUCCAAAAUGGCAAAUGAUAGAAAUGCGAUGGUGAAUUUUAAGCCAUGCACUGUUCUUGUGUCUAUCUUUUUAUCAGCAUGACAAACCUGUCAAAACUUGCCAGUGGAUUCAAGCACCAAACUACAGCUGCCUUAUGACAGGAAGCUGGGAUAAUACCGUUAAGUUUUGGGACACACGUCAAUCAAACCCCAUGAUGGUUUUACAAAUUCCCGAGCGCGUGUACUGUGCAGACGUAGUGUACCCCAUGGCCAUUGUUGGUACUGCACAGAGGGGGAUAAUUUGUUAUCAGUUAGAGAAUCAGCCUUCAGAAGUCAAGAAGUUAGAGUCACCACUGAAAUACCAGGUAAGAACUGAAAUUUCAGUAAUUUGGAAGAUGAAGAAGUCUAACGCCAGAACACUCAGAAAAAUUCUGAGUUCCAGCUGAGAAUCAAACCUGACCACGGAGCUACCAGACCACUGAGCUCCUAGAGGCUCUAUGGAGAGCAGGGUCGAGGUAUAACUACACCAGUCAUAGAAGACUGUAUUGGGGACUAAAUGCUCAAAAUCAGCCAUCCACCAGCAUACUGACAGCUGGCUUAAGAAACUUUGGUGCAAUUUCAAAUAGAUGUGAUCUCAAAUCAGGCCCCAUCACUUAAUCUGUAACAUCUCUCUCAAAUAUACUUUCAAAAUCUAACCCUUAAAUUUAGAUGCUUGCAUUGAAAAAUCAUUAAAAAAUCAAUGAAUUAUAGCAGAUUGAGUCACUAGCAGUUCUGUACUGUUUGAGGAUCUGGGUAUUACAGUAUAGUCACUGUCAUGGUGUAAUGCACGAUUAUCCUGUAAAACUUACAAUGCAGGAUAGUUCGUAAGUGUCAGUGGAAAGCAAUUAUUUCUCCCCCAUUAUAAAAAGAGUUAAGUCUGACAGUGACUACAAGUACUAGCUAGAAGUAACAGGAAUGGUUCCAGUCCCUCAUUACUUACUAAGGGUGAUCAUUCAUUUUUGAAUUUAGAUGUGAAUGUAGAUUCUUAUACUAAAUGUUUGCUAAUUUUUCGUUUUAGAAUCGCUGUGUGAGUAUUUUUAGAGACCCUAAGAGGAAUAAUCAGCCUGUUGGAUUUGCUCUUGGUUCUGUAGAGGGACGAGUUGCAAUCCAGUUUAUUGAGCCACAGAAUCCGUGAGUCUUCUUUUACAAACUAAAAAAAGGCCUUGGGUGGUUCUUCCAAGUGCCUUUAAUUCUUAUUUCUCCCUUAUUCUACUUUCAACUGGGAGUGACAUAAAUUAAUUGGUACGGAUUAGAUUGUUGCAAUCAAAAUUCCUGUUUAAAAUUAGGCUAUGUUCCGACUAUAUCGGUUUUACCGGUUUUCGUGCCAACGUGAAACUAUUAACUACUAUCCGGUAUAGUAUGAACAUCUAUCUGAUAUGUGACGCUCUGCUUUAAAGAUCAGUGCUGCGCAGCUUCACUCCAUUACAGAAACUGUGCGAAAAUCACUGUUCGUAUAUGUGAACAGAAGCCCUAUCUGGUAUGGUUUUGGUGCCGGUGCAAAUUUUGGAUCAUUAUACGUUUCUGGGAAACUGCCCACCUACCCCUCCCCUGAACCAACAUUAACACUUAGUUCUUACUUAGGGCAAAAUGUUGGCUUAGCGGAGGGGUAGGUGGGUAGUUUCACAGAAACGUAUAAUGAUCCCAAAUUCUACCUGGUAGGGUAUGAAUAUCAUAUUCUAACAGUAACCUUGUUCCAUAAGAAUGUUGAUUGGUUUACAAUGGACACCGGCUGACUGUCAUUCCCAUGUAGAAAUGACGGGGAUGCCUGUUGUCUCACGUAGGGGUAGAAAUUGCAGAUUUUUGUCUCAUUUGGCGCGUUUAGUUUUUUGCCACAGUGUUUGAGCCCAGUAGUCAGGAAUUCUUUCAUAUUUGGCUGGCAAGUAGCAGAAUGAAUCUGUCGGUACUCAAGGAUAGCUUCAUCUUUAGUGUUCUGUUGAGCAGGAUAGAAUGACGAACUAUAGGUGUACUAGCCUACGAAUGCAGACGCAUUUUCGGUCGUUGCUUCUCUCCUCCCGGGUGGUAGAAAUACGUCUGUGUUCGUUGGCUAAAUGUAUAAUACUUGGGUUUUAAUACUUAUUGUUACAGAAAAGAUAACUUCACAUUCAAGUGCCACAGAUCUAAUGGAACUGGAGCUAACGUUCAGGACAUUUAUGCCGUAAGCUUAAGUUACUGUAGCUUGUGAGAGAUGAUGGUUUUUUUAGCUUCUCUUUCAAUCUUACUGGCUAACUAGUUUCAAAAUGUUUCAUAUUGCGGGGUUGGGCCUGGUAGUCUGAAAUAUCAUCCGUCUGUUCGCUUCACCCCGCCAACGGGCGAAGCGACGGGAGGGGGGUGGGUGGGUGGGUGGGGCGAAGAGAUGGAAGACAUUUCCGACUAUGGGCCUGGGAGAAAAUGCAUGAAGAAACGUUUAUCGUGAGAAGGAUGUAAAAAAAUACCAUGUCGUAAGUAUGGGUCAGAGGAACACCCUGAGAAAACAACCAACAUUUCGCGAUGCCAGCACUGGUUUGCUCUCGAAAGGACCUCUGAGGAACGAACGUAGAAAUUCGAUACUGAUGACAUGUGAAUACACAGAUCUGGGUAGUGCUUCUGAUUGGACGUGCCGCGAGGAAAGUUUGCCUCAACCAAUCAGAAUCACAACCCCAGAUCUGGGUAGUGACACGUCAUCAGUAUGGACCGGAGUUUCUGCGUUCGUUUCUUAGACGUCAUUUCGCGAGCAAACCAGUGGUAGCGUCGCGAAAUGUUGGCUGUUUUCUCAGGCUAAACAAGAUUUGGACCCUAGAAUACUGGGAGGCAACCCUACCAUCUGGCCUACAUGCACAUGUGCAUAGAAACUCAUGUUACAUUAGGCCGGCGUCUGAACCGGGCCUACGAUUUUGUUCUCGUAAAUUCAAACUGCCUGUUUAAGUUACAGAAAAAAGAGUUCUUAUCCUACGAUUGUUUUAAAUUUUCUCAUAAAUUAAAAUAAGAAAACUUUUUCUUAAAUUGAGAGAUUCGGCGCAAUCUCGAAUUUAGAGUGAAUAGUACUGGGAUGAAAUGGACUCUAUAUAUAGUUGAUAUUUUCCAGACAGGAACGCUUCUGUAUCUGCUAGAGAGGAGAAGAAACACACUUCAUUUCUUUAACAUGCAUCCAUUGCUGUUUCUUAUUUUUCCUCAGGUGAACGAUAUCGCUUUCCACCCCGUACACUUUUGUUCGCUUGCCACGGUAGGAUCCGAUGGAAAGUUCAGUUUCUGGGACAGAGACGCUCGCACAAAACUUAAAGUAAGAACGUAACUGUUUCAUAACCAAAUUAGGGCGCUCUUCAAAUUAAUAAAGACAAACAAAUAAAACCAAAGUAGUUAUUUCGGUCUCUGAGAUCAGAUACCGCUCUGAACAUACAGCCGGUACCACACAAGCAAAGUCUAAGCAAGUCAUGGUUGGUUUCGGGUUUUUGGUUGCUGUUUGUUGUUGAACUCCAUCAUCGCCUAACAACGCAGAACCAAAGCAAUCGCUUACCAUUUCUUUCAACAUUCAAGUCGAAUGAUUCUAACAUGUUUGUAACGCAUUUAAGUCUAAGAACUGCCAAGCGCUACUCUACUUGAGAUCAGUUUUUUUCUUGGCUUUGUUCUGUUUGUUUCUAGCCUGCAAACAAGACCUCCUGUUUGGGCGAGUGAAACGGGUCUCGCGAGAACGCGCGAGCGAGCGGCGAAGCCGGGCGCCUCGCUCGCGCGUUCUCGCGAGGCUCGCUUCGCUUACCCAAACAGGAGGGCUUGCUCGCAGGCUACUUUGUUUCACAUUGUGAUGAUGAAACGAACAGUACAGUCAUUGUUGAAAGACUGAAUCCCGAAACCAUUGAGUUUUUUACAUGCUCGUUAAUUUAACAACCUUGUUUUCUUUGCCCCAUGCACUUGUCAAAUCCCACCCAAAUUUUCCCCAAUACUUGUGAACUCACCGUUCUUGAAUUUAACGUUGUAGACUUCUGAGCAGCUGAACAUGCCCAUAACAGCUUGUUGUUUCAAUUCAAGAGGAAAUAUUUUUGCUUACACGUCAAGUUAUGACUGGUCCAAGGUGAGCCGCACCACUCACAUCUAAACCAGGUUUACAAUCUUCCCCCCCCCCCUCCCUCUCCCGCACAGGGUUUUAAAUAAUAAUGCAAGAUUCAUUAGCUAUUUCAGUUCUCUACAAGCAGUUUCCUCCUUGUUCGAAUACUAAGUGAACUUCAGACAUCAGAAACACUUCCCUCUCACGGUCUUUUCCAAGACUAAACGGGGAGCAUAGAUUUAAAUACAGGGUGCUGGAGGCAAGCACUGAGAGCGAGCGGGGGAUGAUGGAAGGGGUAAACAGCCCUUCCCCUUUUUUCCCCUUCCUCCCCGCUUUCCUCAUUAAUUAUACUCUUUUUUAGCGAGUUGAAUAUUCUUAUUGUUCUGCUGAUAUAUAAGGCACAAAAUAUCCUGAAUCAUACGGUAUGGCAUUUCCUUCUUAAAAUGUUGCGGGGUAUCAGUUACAAGAGUUUGGUGCUUAGAUCCGUAUCGAACUCUCAUAAACAUCGAACAUUUGGCUACUGCAGGCUUUUUAACGGUGGUAAAAACAGACGAUUUUAUUUUAUUCAGUUUAUUAAACGCAAAAAUUAUAUUCUUUUCAAAUUCUUAGUCUCUGGUUUAUUCUUAAAAUAUUUCCAAAAUUUUGCAAAUUUCAGCCUCGAUAUUCUUAUAAAAAAAAUUCUUGCUAUAAAAGGGUGUCACUGAAAUAUCCCCAAAUAAGCGAUAGCGCGCGGCUGGGGAAGAGGAAGCCAAAAGUAUAUUCAUUGUAACAAGCUGUUUGCUUCUGUUUGUUCCAAGGGCCACGAAUUUUACAACCCCCAAGUCAAGCCCAAGAUCUUUCUUAGGAACUGCGCUGAAGAACUAAAACCGAGGAAGAAAUAGAAAUUAAGAAAAAUGAUAAUAGGCUUCGAUAUUGAAGAGGUACGCCACAAAGGCCAGUUUUAAAGAACAACUUUCGCAAUGCGAUGUAAAGAAUGCAUAAUCAAGCAGUAUUUAUGGUAAAACUCCUCUUCUUUGGUAUCUGGAAAGUUAAGGAAGAACCCGUCUACAUUACACUAACAGCCAGUGAAUUGUAACUGUGACAUCAGUGCCGUGGAAGUUUUCAAGUGACUUACAUGUGGGCCCGGGUAUAGGCGUACGUCGUUGUUAGACGGAUGGUCGUGUUUUGUUCGGGUGAUCCUCGCCGGAUAUCGUCGGUAUUCGACUUUCCUCGACAGAGACUAAACAUUGGAUCGUGCGAUGCUGUCAGAUGUGUUAGGUUGUUUUGUAAUUCAGUCUUUAAAAAGGCUUUUUUGUUCAAAGCGGGCCUUUCUCGUUUCAACCUCCCGUGAGGUAGCUUGAGGAAUGCUUUUGCAAAGUGUUAUCCUUACUAAGUUUUUUUCUCAUGCUGUUUAUUGACCAGCGAUCAGGCGAUUUUGUUUUCGGGGAAAGGAGAAAAAAGAAUGCCGUCUUUUUCCUCUCGUCUCCCAAACAAAAGGGAAGAAGGACCGCCUGAUCGCAGGUUAGCUGUUUAUAGAUCUUUUCUGGAGCGUCAGGGGGGUCUUUAAAGCCAAACUUAUGUUACGUUAGCCUCAAACUCCCUAGAAAACAGCUUUGCCUUACCGGGAUGAGGCCUGUCUCGUCAAAAGUUAGUUGACAAAGGUCUUAGAGCAUAGUCCUCAGUGCGCAUCUGUAUCAGUUACAUGAAAACGACUUUUAUUACAACCAUAAUUAUAAGUUGAACUCUGGUUAGGGGCCACACUAUCAUUGGUUUCAUCAGAACUCACCCACUACAGUUUGAUAGCCGACACAAUGUUAGGUCCUGGGGGGAGGGGGGAGGGUCCAGGGUUUCCGGAUCCCCCUAGCCCGCAAAAUCCACCCUUUAAAACAGAGAUAUCAAAAAAUCUUAACUUAAAAGCUUAAAUUGCUACUACUGAAAGAUGUAAGGAUUUACGUAUUUUAGUUUACUUAAAAAUAAUGUGAUAGUAGAAGCAUAGAAAUCUGGCAAUGAAUGGCUGUAAAACAGUUCCAACAGUUAGAACACUGAGUGACCCCCAUGCGAUGGAAAUUUUCAGCUAUCCAUCCUCAAACUUCUGCCUACUUUGUCUUCUUGACUCAGUUUCUCUGCUUGCUAGAAUUGGCUUGCAUUCUUCAAAAAUUAUUUAAACUUCGGCUCACCAUAACCAACUUUCAGCCCGGGGUUGUAAUGAUGUACAAUUGUGUCAGAAUAGCUCAGAAAUUUUCACCAACAAGCUACGUUUACGGUUUUGGAAUUAUAAACCUUCGAAGUUUCACUUCAAUAAGUUCUCAUUGCAGUAUUAAUGGUGAAAAGAAUACCAACGCUAAAAAGAUGUAGGGUCAAGUAGGACCGCUUAUUUAAAUGGAGUUUAACAAAACUCCGUUCUAAGCCAUCUUCAGUUGGCUCAACGCUUUUAUCUAAUCACCGUUUAUCGUGAACAGUUUCAUGACAGCGUUAAGCGUAGACUAUAAAAGCAUUGCUCUUAAAAUAACCCAAUUAGCAAGAGAUCUACAUUGAAAAGAUUUCUUAAUUAAUCGCGUACUUAGUUACACUUUGUUUAGUCUUCAUGGUUAAGUGAGACUUAAUUAAUUAAGUUAUAAUACAGCGAAUAACUGUAUUGAUAGGGGGUAGAAGCGGAAUCAUUUGAAUCUUGAUAUUCAUGAUUCCUGUCGUUUUUGCCUCAAUGAUUCAUGAUUCCUACAAGAAUUUGCCUCCAGAUUCAUGAUUCACGAAGACUUCUGAUCACCUAUUGAUUUAAUGAUUUUCUCGGGGGCAACUUAGUCUCGUUUUGUAUGUUAUUUGGUGUUCAAAUUUCUACUUCAUUUAGACUUGGUAUCAUCAUUCGUUUUGUCUUGGCAUGGAGUUUUUUGUAACUGAACAAUUGGAGAAACAAGCGGACUGUCUGCUCCGAAUGCACGAAUUAUAUAGGGGGUCCGGGGGCAUGUUCCCUGGAAAAAUUUUUGAAAAUUCGACUCUCGGAAACGCCAUAUCCUGCAUUCCCUGGAUCGAACGAAAUUAAUUCAUACGUGUAUUUUAUUGAGCUUUUCUCAGAGUCUCGUUAUUCAUGAUUCCCGAGCCGAAGUACAAAGAUUCAUGAUUCCCAAGUUUUUAAAACAAAGAUUCAUGAUUCUUACAUGUUUUGUAACUAUGGUUCAUGAUUCAUGAUUCCGCUUUCAUCCCCGAGUAUCGAUAAACGGGACUGGAAGGCGAAUUUAACGUAGGCGACAUUGUGAGGUCAUGAAUCUUCGUUCAAGAGCACCUCACAUUCUCGUGACCACAGCAGAGUCUUUCAUUGUUGCAUAAUCUGUCAGUUCCAAGCUACUGAACACCCUUAAAUAAUUCUUUUUAAUUUUGUCAGUUUACAAUACACAUGUUAUGUCUCUCCUCUAAUAAAUGAUCAUUAUUUUUC